AUGGAGGAAUUUCCUCAAGAGCGAAGUGUGAUUGAUACGUCUGUAAACGCGAUGGAGCUGCGUUUAGAUCAGCUACAAGUGCAAGGUGGCCUUUUAGUUGUGGAAGCAUUAGCGCGAGGACAACGUCUGAAGAUGUUAGUUGACUCUGGAGCGACACACAGUAUUGUGCGACGCGAUCUCCUGGCGACUCCUGCUGGAACUCGGGAACAAAAAAUUCGGGCUCGCGAUUUUGAAGGGAGACUAUCGAUGACUACGUCGCGCAAGUUCACGGUUGACAUGACGGUGGAAGACCGUAUGUGUUCAGUCGAGCUGGUAGAAUGGCCUUUAAGGCAGGAAUUCGACGGCAUCCUGGGCCAGACAUGGCUUCGCCGCGAAAAUUCCGAUAUUGACUGGUCAACUGAAAUUUUGUCUUGGAAACGACCAGUUCGGCGUAAUUUACCGCGAGAAAGGACGCCUUCUAUCUUUGUGGAACCGGAAAUCGAGUACGUUGAUGCAGACGAAUUUCAGGGAUUGUAUACUGAAGUAUUUCACCUUGAUGUAGUGACGGAUGCAGGUACGGUGAAGCCGGAUGCCGAAGUGACAAAACUGGUUGGUGAGUUUGCCUACUAUUUACGGAAGAGCUUCCGGAGGGUCUACCACCUGAACGGGACAUCGAACAUUCCGUUCAGCUUAAGGAGAGUACAGCUCCAUCUGCUAGACCUCCUUUUCGUCAUGCCCAUGUUGAGAAAGCAGCGGUUCAAGUGUUCGUGGAUAAGCUCCUGA